AUGAUUGUGUUGAUUCUGAAGUCACAAAGGAUGGUGGAGUUUAAUCAUAUUCGGCCUAUCAGUCUGUGCAACACUAUCUAUAAGCUGAUCUCCAAAUUAUUGGCCACUUGGAUCCAUCCUAUGCUGUCUCAUCUCAUAUCUCCCAACCAGGCAGCUUUUGUUCCUGGAUGUUGGAUCGGUGAGAAUACAAUUUUGGUUAAUGAGAUAAUCCACACCAUUAGAAGGAAAAGAGGAGCGGUUGGUUUGGUAGCUUUUAAAUUCGAUAUGAACAAAGCUUAUGACUGGUUAAAUUGGGAAGUUCUUAAUGAGAUUCUUCUACGGUUUGGCUUUUCAGGAAGAGUGGUGUCCCAUCUCAGUCAAUGCUUCUCGAAUGAAAAAGCUUCUAUUCUGCCCAAUGGGAGUAUUUGCGGAGACGUUAAAGUGGAGAGAGGGCUCCGUCAAGGAGAUCCUCUUUCCCCUUAUUUGUAUAUCCUUUUCGAUGAAAUCCUCUCCAGAAUGCUUCACAAACUCGAGUUUGGAGGGAAGAUUCAUGGAGUGUCCUUAGGUAGAACUGGUCCUUCCUUUUCCCAUCUCUUUUUUGCAGAUGAAAUUUUAAUCUUUUGCAGAGCCAAUAGGGAGGAAGUCCGAGAAGUGGCUAGGUGUCUUCAAAACUUCUGUGAUUGGACAAGGCAGACAGUAAAUAAGGCUAAAUCUGGUUGUUUUUUCUCUAGAAAUGUUCAAGGCAGUGUGAAGGCGAAUAUUAAAGAAGUUCUUAAUAUUAAAGAAUUACCCAAAGAGUCCAAAUAUCUGGGAAAUCCUUUGUUUUUGGGUAAGAAUAAGUCAAGGGAUUUUGAAGAGCUAAAGAACCGUGUGGAGGCCAAGCUGCAGGAUUGGAAAGCAAAGCUUCUUUCACAAGCUGGCAAAUUAGUUUUGGUCAAGUCAGCGGUUAUGGCAAUGCCCAUUUAUACAAUGUCAACUCAUAAACUUCCCCUUCAGUGGUGCAGGCGUAUCGACAGCUUAGCUAGUAGGUUUCUAUGGAAAGGCGAUGUGUCUAAAAAAGUGGCUUUCAAUGCUACCUCCUGGAGUAAGGUGUGCCAGCCUAAAAGUGCUGGGGAUUUGGGCAUUCGAAAGCUAGCAGAUAUUAACUUAGUUCUUCUUUGUAAGCUUGGUUGGUGUUUGGAAACAAAGUUGGAGUUGCCGAAGAGCAAAACUGUGCAGGCCGGAUCCAAAGCGGACAAUAUCUUGAUGCGGGUAGUCUGGACUGUUACAUUUAUGCGUUGUGGACAGAGGACCGACUCUUCUUGGCAGUGGAAAGGAAUUUUGAGUACACGACAGAUUCUAUCCAAAGGCUUGUGCUUUAGGGUUGGGAAGGGCAAUAACGUAGAUAUAUGGGAGGACCCGUGGGUGCCUUACUCCCCUAAUUUUAGGCCAACUCCUAACCCAAAUUUGCAAGUUGCCCCGUGUCUUAUGGUUGAGUCCCUGCUUUCCCCAUCUGGCGGGUGGAAUAUUCCUCUGUUGAACCAACUGUUUGAUCAAGAUUCUGCCCUUUGGUUAGCCCUCCCCUGGAGUAUUAAAUGGGACCUUACUCAUUUCACCAACUUGGAUGAUUAUAUGGAGUGCAUUGCCAAUCCAGUAGGUAAGCUUCCAAUGCAUCAAAGUGACAAUGCCACUUUUAUUCUUUUUGCUGUGAGUCUGUUGGAUGCUACCUGGAAAGUCAGAAACAAACUCCUUGUAGAAGGCAAUCGCAGUUUUCUUGAAGAAGUAAAGCUCAUCUACAGGAAAGUUGACGAGUUCUCAACUACUUUGGGGAAGGAUUUUGCGAGUCUCGGUAUUGUUGCGCGGGACCAUGAAGGACGAGUUCUCAAGUUCCAAGUGCUUAAGGAAAAGCUAGAUAUUCCAGAAGCUGCAACAGUUCUAAAGGCUUUACAUCUGGAUCUUUCGGCUGGUUUCUACAAUAUCUGGUGUGAAGACGAUGCCAAAACCAUCAUCCUCUACCUCAACAAUCUGGAUACAAGUUCUAUUCACUGGUCGGCACAAGUUUUCAUCAAUCAAAUCCAAGACUUGCGUCCUUUGUUCAACUCUGUUACUUUUAUCUAG